AUGUUGAGCGAAUCCGACGAAGCACAAUCUACGAAUAAUGCACAACGACCAAGUACCUCCGCACCAGCAUGGACGCCACACAGAACGGAAAAUCCACCCACUGAAGAUCGACCAGAAACAAAAGUGGAAACCACCCAGCACCAGACACCCAUACGAUGCGCUCAAAUUAAUUUGCAGAGAGCAGAAGCUGCCUCAACCCAAGCCAUACAACAUGCAAUACAUCAUAAUUUAGACUUUCUUCUAAUCCAGGAACCAUACUGCCGUGAAGGCCAGGUGGCAAGUUUUCCCCUGGCAUGGAAGAUCUUCCAAAGGAAAUCCACAGCAGAGCAGGCACCCAGAGCAGCCAUUGCCUGCUGUAACCCUACCUGGACACCUUUCCUGGUUUCAAUGGAACGAGAUUUCGUCUCCGUACUAGUUAUCUUUAACAAUCAACAGUUCAUACUAAGCUCCGUUUAUUCCUCCCCCAGUGAUGACCUCACUGACGCAACUACAGCAUACAAUCACGUUAGACUGAAAUGUCCUACGGUACCACACAUCAUUGGAGGCGACUUCAACGCCCACAACGUCAUUUGGGGCUACCGUGACACGACUCCUAAGGGCCACGAAAGGGAAAACUUCAUGGCGAGCAAUAACCUGCAUUUGCAUAACAGCCCCGGUGCACAGCCGACAUUUGACAACUCGUAUCAUAAAGGCUGGCCCGACUUGACCCUUUCAACAUCGGACAUUGUCAACAAUAUUUACUCUUGGACUGUCAUGGAUGAUGAAAGCAAUUCCGAUCAUAAGUACAUCCAUUUCCUCAUUCAAGUAGACACCAGCAUUAGCAUAUUAAAAAAGGUUUAA